AUGAAUGAUAUUGAUUCUCGACGUAGCAGUACUUCAACAGUACGCGAAAGAAAUGCAAGUCUUGAUUCUGCUUACAGCCAAAUAUCUAUUAUCGAUGUUAAAGAACUUGAAGACAUUGAACAGAAUGAGGCUAGCUACUCUGGGGAUAACUUAUGUGAUUUCAAAGAGCUGCGUUCCAGAUCAAGAUCUGAUGCUUGGGAAACAGUUCCAUCUGACUCGUUUGAAAGUCCCGAAAUGUUUUCCUUGCCAAGUUCUUUCUCUGAAACUAAAGGAAUUAAACGAAAAAGUAUUUUUGAAGGACACCAGAUAACAGUGCCGACUGAAUGCUUCUUCCCUAGACCACAACAAGGACAAAGUAUUACUAGUUUUUUGUCUUCAAAUGAUUUUAAUAUUUCUGCUGAACUUGACAGGGAGAAUGCCCAUUUCUGUAUAUCUGAAGCAUUAAUAUCUGCUAUUGAACAUAUGAAAUGGGUUUGUACUUUAAAAUUAAGAGAAGCUGUAGAAUCUAGUGAAGAUGAACUUGAAUCUCAGCAGAAGCAUACUCAAAGAAAAUUCUCACAGAGAAUCAGGAUUCGCCGAAAGGAGGUUCGAAAACAGAAAACACAGAAAAAUGUGGCCCUCUUGAGUGAUGGCAAAACUGAUACUGCAACUAGUCAAAGUGCUUCUCCUCCUGUGUCUUCUCAUUCAUCAGAAUUUGAAGCCGAUAGCAUUGGUAGUGAAGAAGAAGUAGAUGAUUUAGAGCUUUCAGCUGAACAUACUGAAUCCAACUUGAGUUCAAUAAAAGAAAAUGGUUUAUCUCUAUCUAUGGCAUCUUUAUAUUCUGAUGCAGACAUUCACAGAAUACCAUUUCCUGCCAAAGAUGUUGAAAAUAAAAAAUUUUUAGACUCAGAGUCAAAUAAUCUAUCAGCUGAAUCUGUUGCUUUGUCUUUAAUAAGAAGAUUUUCUGAAAAACAUUUGCCAAAAGCAUCAGAAUUACAAUGGUUGGUUUCUGAGCAAGAGGCACCACAAAGGUUGCUGCCACUUCCUGAUUCAUGGCCUGUAUCUCCUGAUGCUAUUGAAGAAGAAUACUUUUUAGAAAAAACUCGUUUAAGAGGCAAUUUGGAUUGGGCACCUCCCAGACCACAAAUUAUAUUCAUCAUCCAUCCUACUUUAAAAAGAAGAACAAUAAUAGAAAGGCAAAAAUAUCGAUGUGCUGGCUGUGGACUGAAGAUUGAAAAAAAUUUAAUGGACAGAAUUCGCUAUUGUGAUUAUUUUGGAAAGUAUUUCUGUCAGUGUUGCCAUAGUAAUAAUCUAGCUUACAUACCUGGACGUAUACUUUGGAAAUGGGACUUCACAAAAUAUUAUGUUUCAAAAUUUGCUUGGAAACUUUUAGAUCAGAUGUAUUCUGAUCCCUUGUUUAAUAUUCAAGACCUCAACUGUAAUUUGUAUCAGAAAGUUAAGCAACUAGAGAGAUGUCGAGUGUAUAGGACACAAUUAUUUUAUUUAAAGGACUUCAUUAAAACAUGCCGGAAAGCUGAGUUUGUUCAAGCAGUAUUGGAGCAACAACAGCAUCAUAUGAUCUUUGAACCUCAUCAGUACUCAUUAGGUGAACUUGUUCAGGUGAAAAGUGGUGAAUUAUUAAAGUAUUUGAGCCAAUUGAUCAAUCAGUGCCUGAGUCAUGUAAGGCAAUGCAUCCUAUGUCAAGCAAAAGGUUUCAUUUGUGAGAUCUGUAGAAAAGAUAAAGAUAUUAUUUUCCCAUUUCAACUGGAUAGAGUUGUGGCUUGUCAAAAAUGUGGUACAUGCUUGCAUAAAAAAUGUUUUAAGAAUGUUAAUUGCCCGAAGUGUGAGCGUAUUGAAGCAAGGAGAAAGCGCCUUGCUGAAAUUAAAAGUGAUGAAGAGCUUUAAAUUUUUGCUUUGAUGCAGAAGUUAUUUUUAAAAUGAAGUUUCUUUAAAAUAUUGUGUAUGGAAAUGCUGUUAAUGCAAAUAUGAAAACAAUGAUUCAUCAUUUUCAAAGUUUGCAUUUUAAUUUCUGCAUUGAAGAUUUUAAUGCAUUGAAUAUAUUUAAAUCUUGGCAU